AUGAGUCCACGGCAUAUCCAGGAGAAAAAGCACUUAUUGAAGCGUUUGAGCAAACACCAUGGCAAGUGGGACACCAAUCAUCCUCGUCAUCGGUUACUCGAGGCUCUAUUUGGCUUCUCAAGGUACAAGUCUAGGCAGAUGGCGGAAGUCGAUCGCUUGAAGGGAUUGUACAAGCACGUCACGAAAGCCCAGAAGAAGGUUUUGGAGACAACAGUUGGCUACUCGAAUAAGUUUGAUAGGGUAGAGCAGCUCCUCGAUGUUAACCAAGCACUGUGCGAUGAAAUCGUUGAGACCGCACUCAGCUAUUACGGACUCUCGCACGAUGACCUUGCACGGCAUAGCAAGGCAAAAGAUGAGGCCGGUCAAAUCGCCGACAAGACGAGCGUUUCCCAGGCCCUCAAACACUUCGUCCGGGACUGGUCCCGCGCUGGGCACGAAGAGCGGGACGAUGCAUUUCCGUGCCUCAUCGGCACGCUUCAAUCCCUCUUCCCCGACGGCAACCGGUCAAAUGUUCGGGCCUUACUUCCCGGCUCAGGUUUGGGCCGUCUAGCCCAUGAAGUCGCCGGUUUGGGAGGUUUUGAAGUGACAAGCAACGAGUGGUCCUCCUUCAUGAAUGUCGUCACCCGGUUUUUGGAGGCUCACCCCGAAGUGCAGACGACCUCGUUACAUCCGUUCAUUGACAGCUGGUCGCACCAUGCAUCAACUGAUGAUAUGAUGCGGUCCAUCUCAUUUCCAGACUGGCGGGUGAAUGCUAGCGCAGUCUUACUUGUCGAAGGCGAUUUCACAACCAGUUUUACGACACGGGAAGGACAAUACGACGUGAUAAUUACGCACUUUUUCAUCGAUACAGCAAGGAAUGUCAUGACCUAUUUGGACACGAUUUACUCGCUAUUGAGACCUGGUGGAUACUGGAUCAAUCAUGGGCCCUUGCUAUGGGGCACUGGUCCGUUUGUUCAGCUAUCGCUCAACGAAAUCGUUGAAGUCACGAAAAGUCUGGGAUUCGAGUUUUUGGAAUCUAGCGAGGCUUGUGGAGGAAUAACACUUCCAGGGGAGAGGGUUAGGGGCAAGAAAGCGGCGUAUGGAUUUGAUGUCAAAGCACUCACAACCAAUGCUUACCAGGCUCAGUCUUGGGUGGCAAAGAAAUCCUAG